UGGGGUGAGUUUUAAUAAUAUAAGUUAUGCAGACGACAUGGUUCUUUUGGGUCCAUCGGCGGGAGCAAUCACUCAGUUGCUUCAGAUAUGUGAGGAGUACGCUGCCGCACACGGCCUAAGUUACAAUGUUAAGAAAUGUGAGUACAUGGUUUUUGGGGUUGGCGGCAAGUGUCGUGACAUGGAGUUUGAAAUAGCGCUGAAUAAAAUCCCAAUAAAGCGAGUUAGCAGCUUUAAAUAUCUGGGACAUUUUCUUGCUGACAACCUUAAAGAUGACAUGGAUAUUGAGAGGGAACGUAGGUCUCUGGCGGUAAGGUGUAAUAUGCUGGCACGUAGAUUUUACCGCUGUACCGAACAAGUUAAAAUUACACUAUUUAAGGCGUAUUGCCAAAAUAUGUACACGGGUGGUCUAUGGGUCAACCAUACCAAAAAAUCGCUAGAUGUCCUGCGCGUCCAGUACAAUAACGCUUUCAGGAUGUUGUUGAGAUUGCCCCCCUAUUGCAGUGCUUCGGAGAUGUUCGCGAAAGCUCGUACUGACGGAUUUCACGCAAUACUGCGGAAAAAAACAGCGUCACUAUUAAGAAGGUUGAGAGAUAGUCAAAACAGCAUCCUGAGAACCGUAGCUGAGAGUAUACACUCUCCAAUAAUUAAAAGAUGUGUACAAAGGGUGAUUGGUACUAACAAUAGUUUGUAAGUUUUUAUGUAAUACUAACA